GCUCCUUCUUUGUUUUUUUGUUGUUUUUUUUUUACCCUCUUCAUACUCCGGACUCGUCUGAUUGGUUGUAUAGAAUGUAUUUUUGUGCUGAUUCCUGAAGCCAGCGGUAAGUGCAACAUUCCUGGAAUCGAUGCGUGGCAAUUCCAACAGCACCGUGGGAAUUCAGUUCUUUUUAUUUAGCUGCAGCACAAAAAUGCAUUCUUGUCCCAUCUUGCAUGGAGGGACAAAUCUUCACUCAUGAGGGCUUUUGGCUGAAGGGUGUUUUCUGUGGUGAUUCUUAGCAGCUGUGUUGAUUACUCCAGAGUUUCUGCAAGAAUGAUUGGUAUUUCGUCUUCAUCCAGUGGUUUCUUCUUCUCAUAUUUCCUACUUAUUUUCCUGUCCUGUUGUGAUAUUAAUUUCAGUUGUUAAAUCUUUUACGUCAGUAGAUAAAUGCAUUUAUAGGGACAAGACUUACCACUUGGCCUGUCACCGUAACAGAUUUUGCUGGACAGCAAAUUUUUCCAUUAAUUAUUGUGAUACAUGAUAAUAUUAUUAUGUGACCAUUUUAAGCUGAUAUAUUGAUAAUGGCAUAAUGAUGUAAAUUUGCUCUCUAAGACCAAUAAUCAUUAACUUUGUGAAGAACACUUAACACUCAAGCUGUAAGAUAUUUUCAAUAUCCAAAAUAAAACACAACCAAAAACAAUUAAUGAAACGGAAACAAACACACACACACACACAACCAAACACACAAAUGAAAUGGCUUAUCAAUUCUCUGUAAUCAAAAUUACUCUUCAAAAAAUAUCAAUCAUCAAAGUGGAAAUUAUUGAGCUCAUUUCAACUUAUCAUGUUAUUAUUUGAUAGCUAAUUGUGACAGGCUUAUUUAUUAAUAAUCAAUAAAAAUGAAUUAUUUUUCUAAUUAUUGUGAUGAUUAAAAAUAUAUAUUUAAAAUGUACCACAAAUGUUACUACAUUCUGCAAGGUCUUCACAGAAACAGACUGCAUGAAAAAUAAUGCCUCCACAUAAUAAUACAAGAUCUUCUUCACUACGUCAGCUGUGUUCAGUAGUGGAACUCCACUGCUAAACAAUAUGUAAUCAUUUCAUUCAAUCCUACUGUAAAAUGCAUGUAGUGUUGAUUGAUGCUGUAAGGAGGAAAUUAGCUUGAAACGUAACAAUUUCAAUCACACUGACAGCUUUUGGAGUUAGACUUCAUCAAGAGUUGCCACAGUCAAAAAGGCUUAAAACUGCCUCAAGCAGUAGCAAGUAACAUGAUAAGUGAUAAUUACAAAGACAAACAUCAAACCAGACAGAUUUAAAAAGGAUCAGCAAAAGCUGAUGUGAUAGAUUAGCAGUUUGGCAACAACUGAUGGCAUCAUACGGGACAUGUAGCUGUGAAAUAUUGUCUCUGCUGCCCUGAUAUUGAGCUGUUAGCAGGUCAGGUAUAGUUGUGAGUUUUCAUACUGCAACUUUCUUCAGUCAGAGGCCUCUUCAGACUCGUUGUAGGACUGAAUGCUACUGGAGAGCCCGGAGCACUACCUACCAUCAAUCACAAAUCCUUCAAGAUGAGAUUAGAUAAGACAUGUAAUUUUCCUUUGAGAUAAAUAGUUUUUUUAAUUUAAUAAAUUAAAUUAUUUCUUAUUUUAAGGUUUUUAUCAGAGGUGCCAACAGACUUUCUUUGUAUUGGAUUCUCUUUUGUCUUAGUACACAAAAAAACAAACAUGCAAAAAGCAAAUUUUAUGCAAAUGACAGAGAAUGACUGGAAAGAGGAAAACGGAGGAGACCACACUGAAACUGACAGUGGUAAACAAACUAAAACCUAAAUAAAGACGCUCAGAUCAACAAUAAAACCAGUCACUUUUCUCCAAAAAUCUCUUAAAAAUAACAACUGAACUGAAAGAUUUUUGUGUUUGUAGGAGAUGUGGGUGUUCAUCAUAUUGUUUCUUAUUUAUUGUGAUACAUUUCUUAUCACAAUACAAUUUUGGUUUAUUGUUGUCCCAAUGAAUUCCAAUUUUUAUGGUUAAAAGCCCCUAAAACAGUCUGAGCUGUCAGGACUAUUAGUUUUACUAUUUUUCUCCAUUAUUUGCUCAAUAAAGGCGUAUCACUCGAUAGCAAUACAUUUGAAAAUACGAUUACAAUAAUAUCACAAAGAUUUCCCAGUGAUAUAUCAUGAUAAAUCGUUCAGUCCAUGUUGCCUGGCCCUAGUUUGUGUCAAAGAUUUUUCAGCACAACCUCUUCAUUUUUGUGUGGAUGUUUCCAGGGACCAUCAGCAUCCUCAUGUCCUAUGGAGGAGGUUACCACGGACGCACUGAGCGUGUCCGCCAGUCGCCGCUUUAUGACCAGGUUCCCCAUGAGUCCUUACCCCUGGCCGAGUCGUACGACCUGCAGCCCCUGAAGGAGCAGAGGGCCCCCCAUCUGGCCAAGAGCGCCGACCCUCUUCCUCCUCCGCCUCUGCCGGACCAGCCCCCUGUCGGCCCCGAGUUCGACCCCAGCGAGAGCGAGGAGGACACCGACCCGGAGCCGGAUCCCGCCAUCGACAUCAAGCCGGUCCACCGGUUCAUCCCUGACUCCUGGAAGAACUUCUUCCGAGGGAGCAACCGCAGCAGCAAGAAGGCUUGGUCCAUGCCCGAGUCCUCCAGCAACAACAACAACAGCACCACCGAGGGGGUGCGUUGCUCCCCGCCACACUCCCCAUCCCUCCACGGGUCCUUCCGAGACCAAUACGGCGGCUUUGGGAGCAGCUACAACUCCGGCAAGGAGCUUUUAAACGGACAGGACGCUCAUGGGUCGGUGUCGGGCCGCACGCAGCACACAGCUCUGACCUACAGCGAGCGGGUGGAGGAGUACCACCAGCGUUAUGGCUACAUGAAGUCGUGGGCGGGGCUGCUGAGGAUCCUGGGCUGCGUGGAGCUGCUGCUGGGGGCCGCUGUGUUCGCCUGCGUCUGCGCUUACGUCCACAAAGACAAUGAGUGGUACAACAUGUUCGGCUACUCUUCUCCUGGAGGAGGUUUUGGAGGAGGAUACGGAGGAAUGUAUGGAUCGUUCUACACCGGACCCAAGACUCCGUUCGUGCUGGUGGUGGUGGGACUGGCCUGGUUGGUGACUGUGAUCCUGCUGGUGCUGGGGAUGACCAUGUACUACCGCACCAUCCUGCUAGACUCCAACUGGUGGCCUCUGACCGAGUUUGUGUUAAACCUGGCUCUGGCCAUACUGUACAUGGCAGGAGCCAUUGUGUAUGUCACAGACACCAAUCGUGGAGGUCUCUGCUUCAACCCGGUCUUCAACAACCCAAUAAAUGGGGCCUUCUGCAGAGUAGAAGCCGGUCAGACCGCCGCCAUCAUCUUCCUCUUCGUCACCAUGGUCAUGUAUCUGAUCGGGGCCAUCGUUUGUCUCAAGCUGUGGAGGCACGAGGCUGCCCGCAGGUACCGGGAGCAGAAUGGCCAGCAGAUGGUGCCUUCUGAGAUGCAUGUUGUGCAGUCACUUGCGGUUCCAGAUUCUGCUCCGGCCCCCAGAUUCCCAGAGCAGGUCCAAGGCUCCUCGGUCAUUCCCAUCCAAGCUGCACCCAAACCAUUUCCUCCACAGAUCAUUCAGGGAGCCAUACCGUCGGGACAUAUCCCCAAGCCGGUCAUUGUGCCUGAUUAUCUUGCGAAGUACCCAGCGAUCCGGUCCGAUGAAGAGCGGGACCAGUACCGGGCCGUGUUCAACGACCAGUACGCAGAGUACAAGGAGAUCCACGCCGACGUGCAGGCCACGCUGAAGAAGUUUGAUGAGAUGGACGCCAUGAUGCACAGUCUGCCUCAGAACCCCAGCACCCAAACGGAGGUGGAGCGCAUCAACAGGAUCCUGCAGGAGUAUCAGAGGAAGAAAAAUGAUCCGACUUUCCUGGAGAAGAAGGAGCGUUGCGAGUAUCUGAAGAGCAAACUGUCGCACAUCAAGCAGAGGAUACAGGAAUAUGACAAAGUCAUGGAGUGGAACGACGGAUACAGCUAAAGCUAGAGCUGCGACUCCAGUGGUGGACAUGGGACUGAAGAGGGAAACGAAGCCUGAUUCAAACUGAAAAAAGGCGCUAACAGCUACUGAGGCUUGUUUUGGUUUUUUAAUCUGUUGUCUGUCAGAAGCGUUUUCAAAGCUUGCAAGUGGGAAAUGAAAAGGGCAAACAUGCUUCAUCAUUUCUGAAGAUGAUCAGAUUGGAUCUCAAAGCAGCUGGUCGCCAUGGCUACAUGCAACGGUAAACAUCUCCACAUCAGCACUUCUCAGAGCUUUACUUCACUACAGUCAACUCAUUGAGUUAUUCAAAUACAUUUCACUGCACUGUCGCGCUCAGACACCGAAUAACGUUACACACAGUUCAACAAAUUGUGUGUUGAACUGUGUGUCCCUGUUGCUGGUCACCUCCUCUUCAUUUCUGUGGCAGUUUGUGUUUAUUUAAAAAUGUCCUGCUUUAAAUAACUGGCAGAAAACUUUUAACUUCUGGGAGGACUGUUUUUACUGCUACACUGUUCCUUUUUUUUAAUGCAUCUCUGUCUUUUAAUGUGUGCGCGUGUGUGAACACUAUAGAUUCUAUUUAACGAUACCGUGUCAGGUAGCACUCCAAAGUGUCUGAUUUAUUACAGAUUAGGAGAGAUAGGGACUUGAUUUUUCCCAUUCAAAAUUUUGUUUUAUGAUUUCAAUGAGCGAAGUUGAAUAUGAGAAGAUAUAGCAGCCAUCCAAUAAAAUUAUUUUGACUUCCCAUAAUAAACACGAUUUAUUUGUGCUGGGAAGACAAGUGAUGCAAAAGAUCAUAGAGUUGGUACUGUAAACUUUAUUUUUAUACUCACAUUUACUUCAGUUUGUCCCUGCAGUGUAAUAUAGUGCUGAUGCACAUACUUUCUGUAAAUUUCAUUCCUUUUUUAACUUUUUUUUUUCAUUGUGACCAAUUUAUAUCUUCUUAAAUCAAAACUAUUGGGUGUAAACAAAUCUCUUCCCGUUUUUAUUGCUUACAUUUUAACAUAAUAGUAAGUACGAGUGAGAAGAUACCCUUACAUUAAGCUUGACUAAAUACUGCAAGUUUUUUUUUCUCUGAAUACCAUAAAAUAUGUUUUUAGAUCAACAAAGUAGAAAACAUUCAACCCAAAAGGUUUUUGAAUCGUACAUUGUUCUUUCACUAAGAUAAAUAUCUCUACUUGUCUUAGUUUCUUUUCUACCAUUUUAUAGUGUGAGUAUACUAUAAAAUGUUUCUAUUACAAACAUAAUAAAAUAAUAACAAAUGA